CACUCUAUGGUUUUGUGUGCGGUGGAUGCUGGCCUGUGGGAGGAAUAAUGGCGGAGCGGGCCUAGCCGUGCGGCGGUAACAGCGAGCCUUGGGUCGAGCUACAUGGUUGGAUCUUCGUAUGUGCUUCAGAAGCCUCUCCAUUUAAGCCAGUCAUUACAGCAGGUUUUUAACCGACAUCCAUGGUGUGAGUUUGAUUCCAUGCUUGUAAGAUGACUACCGCUGCCCGACCAACCUUUGAACCUGCAAGAGGCGGAAGAGGGAAAGGAGAAGGGGACUUAAGUCAGCUGUCCAAGCAAUAUUCCAGCAGGGAUCUUCCUUCUCAUACAAAAAUCAAAUAUAGGCAAACCACUCAGGAUGCCCCUGAAGAGGUGCGCAACCGUGAUUUCAGGAGAGAACUGGAGGAGAGGGAGAGAGUUGCUGUGAGAGAGAAGAACCGAGACCGGCCGGCGCGAGGUGUGUGCAAAGAGGUGGUUUUGUGCGGUUGGUCAGCCUCUGUGGCGAUAGCCGUGGAUCAAAUGCAGGCCCAGGAAGCUCAAAAGGGAUUCCCUCAAGUAAAAUUUGAAAAUAUUCCAUGGGGUGAUGCCCCUGAAGAGGUGCGCAACCGUGAUUUCAGGAGAGAACUGGAGGAGAGGGAGAGAGUUGCUGUGAGAGAGAAGAACCGAGACCGGCCGGCGCGAGGUGUGUGCAAAGAGGUGGUUUUGUGCGGUUGGUCAGCCUCUGUGGCGAUAGCCGUGGAUCAAAUGCAGGCCCAGGAAGCUCAAAAGGGAUUCCCUCAAUGGUACGGAAGGGCUGAGUUUGGGUCUUUGUGCAGUCCAGAGUUCCUUUCCGGAAUGAAAUCUGAAGCAUUGCACACUCCUUUUGGGUGUAAAAUGAACGGUCUGCUGGUUUUGCUCCAUUUACAGGAGGAGGAAGAGGAGGAAGAUUACGAUGAAGAGAGCGACGACGAUACAGCUGCUCUGUUAGCUGAGCUAGAGAAGAUAAAAAAGGAACGAGCUGAAGAGCAAGCCCGGAAGGAACAAGAACAGAAAGCCGAAGAGGAGAGGAUACGGAUGGAAAACAUCCUAAGCGGUAACCCUUUGCUGAACCUUACAGGACCAGUACAACCUCAAACAAAUUUUAAAGUGAAGCGAAGGUGGGAUGAUGAUGUUGUCUUCAAGAAUUGCGCUAAAGGUGUAGAUGAGAUGAAAAAAGACAAACGAUUUGUCAACGACACGCUGCGGUCUGAGUUUCACAAAAAGUUUAUGGAAAAAUACAUCAAGUAGGAUCUCGUUUUUGAAUAGGUUGUGUUGCCGAUACGUUGUGUGGCGCAAGUCAUUUGCCUUCCAUCAGAAACAUGCUGGCUCGGAUGGAAAUCUGUCAACCAUGGACAGGUAUCCCCCAUGAUCAUAGAAAUCUUUUUAACUUA